UGUGAUUUUUGACUUAGUUGCUGGUUUUUUAAAAGUCUUUACCUCCCUCCUGUUAAUGUUUAUAUUUUUUCCCAGCGGAGCUUGUUAGGUAGACCACUGUCUCCUGCAGGAGGUCAUUAUUUGGCUAAUUUUGGAUUCUCUCAGUCAGUCCAUGGCCGAUCAGCAUGAGUCCAUCAGCCUCAGUCCUCCCCAGGCGGACCGUGCAACAUCUGCAGGACACAGCUGGUUCCCUGGCCCACCUCCACCCAUGUAUUCCUGCACCUUGACCCCUGAACUGGUGGCCAAAGCACGGGAAGAGCUCCAGGAGAAGCCCGAGUGGCGCCUACGAGAUGUCCAAGCACUGAGAGACAUGAUUCUUAAGGAACAUCCCAAUCUCAGAACCCGACUGGACGACGCCUUCCUCCUGCGCUUCCUGCGGGCCAGGAAGUUCGACUACGACCGCGCUCUGCAGCUGCUGCUGAAUUAUCACGCGGGCCGUAAAACCUGGCCGGAGGUCUUCCAGGACCUGAAGCCAUCCACGGUCAAACAUGUGCUGGACCUGGGCUUCCUCACGGUCCUGCCGAGGCCCGAUCCCAACGGCAGAUACAUCCUUUUCCUCCGGCCAGGAAAAUGGAAGCCAAACGACUAUCCGUUUGUGGACAACGUGCGGGCCCUUUAUCUGACUCUGGAGAAGCUGAUCCAGCCGGAGGAAACGCAGGUGAACGGGUUGGUCAUCCUAGCCGACUACACUGGGGUGGGAAUGUCGCAAGCCUCCAAUCCAGGUCCCUUUCUUGCCAAAAAAAUUGUGAGCAUCCUCCAGGAUGGCUUUCCCAUCAGAAUCAAGGCCGUUAACAUAAUUAACGAGCCCCGGAUUUUCAAAGGCAUCUUCGCUAUAAUCAAGCCUUUCCUGAAGGAGAAAAUGGCAGAGAGGUACGUCCUGCACGGCUCGGACCUGCGCUCUCUGCACCGGAACAUCCUGCCAUCGGUUCUGCCAGAGGAAUACGGUGGCACCGCCGGCCGGCUGGACAUGAGCGCCUGGUCGAGGCUGCUGCUGGACUGCGAGGAGGAGUUUGUGGUGGAGUUCUGCCAGCCGGAUCCACUAGAGGGCGUGGUGCUCCCAGACUCCAUGCUGUGUGAAGGGGAGCAGGCAGGAGGCCGGGAGGAGGACGGCUUCAGGGCGUUGCGCUCUCAACUUUACUACUGCUACUGACGCUCACACAGCCACAGGACUUCUUCUGUUUCAUCUGAAACAUGAGCGGAAACUUUUAUAGGGCAAGUUGCCAAUACUCCACAUGAUUUAUUUUACUAACUAAACAGCACUACACUAUUUAGAAUUUGCUCAAUUUUAGAAGAAGUCCAGCAUUCAGGCAUUGCUCCAAGGCAGCUCAUUCGGUGUGUUCACUCUUCAUUUUAUUAGCUUCUCUGAUAGUUAUGUGCUUAGAUGGUACUUGUUUAUUUUAUGAUCACAAAAACACACAAUUCUACCAAGUAAUUUUGUUCUAGUUUUUAGUGCAAAUA